AUCGAACGUGCGUGCGCGUUGUCUGUGGCUUUACAGCGAUAUUUACUGCCAUGGCGAGCUGCUGCACACCAUCCAGAUGGCGUCCAUUUACAAAGACUCGAAAACGUUCGUCGACAUGAAGAUGAAAUACCCGCCGAACGAAACGUUGCUCCUGUUCCGGGAGUUCAUGGAACGAAACGAUCACAUGCCGACGAGGCAUCAGAUCGAGCAGUUCGUCAACGAUACGUUCGAUCCGGAGGGAUCCGAGUUCGAGGAUUGGGACCCGGACGACUGGGUCACUCGGCCCAAGUUCCUCAACAAAAUCCUCGACGACGAUCUACGAAAGUUCGCCGCCGAUCUGAACGAUAUCUGGAAGAUGUUGGGCCGGAAGAUGAAGGACGACGUCCGGAUCAACGAGGAUCAAUACUCGAUCAUUUACGUGCCGAAUCCGGUGAUCGUUCCCGGCGGUCGAUUCCGCGAGUUUUACUACUGGGACUCGUACUGGAUCGUGAAAGGGCUGCUGCUCUCGGAGAUGUACAGCACCGUGAAAGGGAUGUUGUCGAACUUCGUCUCGGUGGUGGACAAGAUCGGCUUCAUCCCAAACGGUGGUAGAAUUUAUUACACCAUGAGAUCGCAGCCGCCUAUGCUGAUACCGAUGGUCGAGGAGUACCUGAAAACAACGCACGACUACAUGUGGCUGGAAGACAAUCUUCACCUUCUCGAGAAGGAGUUCGACUUUUGGAUGACCAACAGGACCGUGGAGGUGGAGGUCGACGGUGUCAAGUACACUCUGGCCAGAUACUACGAGGAGUCCUCGGGGCCUCGACCAGAAUCCUACAAAGAGGAUUACAUUACCAGCCAAAGUUUCCGCACCAAUGAAGAGAAGGACAACUAUUACGCGGAAUUGAAGACUGCCGCCGAGUCCGGUUGGGAUUUUUCUAGUCGAUGGUUCAUACUAGACGGCACGAACAAAGGUAACCUGACGAACUUGAAAGCCAGAUACAUUAUCCCCGUCGAUUUGAACUCGAUAAUAUAUCGGAAUGCACAGCUGCUGGCGCAGUACAACCAACGAAUGGGCAACGAAUCCAAGGUCGCGUACUACCGGAAAAUAGCGGCAGAAUGGAAAAGAGCGGUCACGGCCGUGCUGUGGCACGAGGAGGUAGGCGUCUGGCUCGACUAUGACAUACUGAACGACAUCAAGAGAGAUUACUUCUAUCCGACCAACAUUCUGCCGCUUUGGACCGAUUGUUACGACAUCGCGAAGAGGGAGGAGUAUGUGUCGAAGGUGCUCAAGUAUCUCGAGAAGAACCAGAUCAUGUUGAACCUGGGCGGCAUACCGACCACGCUCGAACACUCGGGCGAACAAUGGGAUUACCCGAACGCUUGGCCGCCGUUGCAAUAUUUCGUCGUCAUGUCGUUGAACAACACGGAGGACCCGUGGGCGCAGAGGCUUGCCUACGAGGUUAGCCAACGAUGGGUACGCAGUAACUGGAAAGCGUUCAACGAAACGCACAGCAUGUUCGAGAAGUACGACGCUACGGUGUCAGGUGGUCACGGAGGUGGCGGCGAAUACGAGGUCCAACUAGGCUUCGGUUGGAGUAACGGACUCAUCAUGGACUUGCUGGACAAGUACGGAGACAGAUUAACAGCCGAGGACCGUUUUGUAAUAAUGCAGAGCACGGCACCGCCGCAGGUCGUCGUGUCGACCGCCGGUCAAGUGAUGACCGGUAUUCUCGCCCUCGUAAUAUCGUUAGCCGCGGGAUUCAUCGGGAUGGUGGUGUACAAGAGGCGGCACUACUACGUUCCUGGACCGUCGACGAUGCCGAACAAGAGGAAAGUGAUCUCGCCGAGUGGGAAUCUCUAUCGAAAGAGGAUCGCCUACACCGAGCUGAGAGACAUGAACAACGAUUGACGAUCGUUGCUCUUCUAGAAAAGCCGAUUCGUUGUUUAAAGCGACUGGUAAACAGCACUAGGCCGCGGGAAAGGACGUCAUCUGGAAGCCAGAACAGCCACCGGAUUUACCGAUCGCGAUCGAGAAUCGUGAAGAAGAUGCUCGCUUUCAAUUUACCUCGCCAAAGGCUAGAGAGAAGGUAGGUGAAAACGGGUAACCAACAGUCGCGUUGCGGUUUCGGAUCGUCCUCGACUACGCGGAAACACUCGUUUCGCACGUUCGAAUGUUUGAGAAUAGUUGCGGACAUCGGCUCGGUUUUCUUCGUUCGGCGAGUAGAGUCGAUCGCGCGCGUGCUCUUCGUUUUUUCGCGGGGAAGGUGAUACACGGUGACGACACGGUGAUUUGCGCGAUAACAACUCCUCGAUCGGAGCGACUCUAUCCAAGGCUGACGACGAUGAUAGACGAUGGUAGUUCCGAAGACUUUUCCCGAAGGGAAACCUCUGAGAAGAAAAGAGGAGACGAGCAACGCGAAACGAUUUGGAACGCGGCACAGCGCGACACUGAAAAGCCCCGGUGCGUCUCAGCUCGUCGCCCCGAGCUUCGCCGCGACUUCCGAGCCGGUGUACACUCUCGUGUUCUCCUCUCUCUCUCUCUCUCCCACUCUGCUGCCCCCCUUUAUCCCUUCUCUUCCGUCGCGCGUCGCCCGGCCUAAUCACAAUCGCAGCGGUCCGCGAACACGCGAUUUACGUGCUUUUUUGGAAUUUCUCCGACGAGCGGAUACCUUCGAAGUUGAGGCAAGGAUGUAGAAUUUAACAAACUGACGAUCGAGCACGGUGGAAGAAGAUCUGGGAUUUUCGGAGAGAGAGAGAGAGAGAGAGAGAGAGAGCUUCUCGCGUGCACGUGCUCCUCCUGCGUGUGUUUAUAGGUGAGUUUAGAUAGUCGAUGAUCGAUUCUGUAGAUAAAAAGAAAAAAAAAAAAUAAUAUUGUAUUUUUGCGGAUAUUUUUGUAUAUAAAGAGAUCCGUGUAGCCGCUUGCGUGUGUUUAGUGAGAGAGAACAACGCGUGCGAUUCGCGUCCAAUCGUUGCUAAUUACUUACUCCGGGGCGAUCAGCUUACGAUCGGUAUGAACAAGAUCUUAUCCGGCGUACGACCAACUACAAGAUUUCGAAGAACCUGGGCGCUUUGUACAUCCGUUUUCUAAGCGAGAGACCCGUCGAGUUUUACCUUACCCGUCGUCCGUUUGGAAGAGGACUUGUCGUUUCUCACCCCAAUUCCACGAUUCGUCCGAUCCCUCCUGUAAAUAAUAACGCGUGCAUCUGUUGUGUGUUGUUUGGAACGUGAAACGCGAUCGGCCAAAGCCGUAGAACUGUUGUGUGUUUGGGUUUCUACGAACGAAAUAGAUGGAAAGUUCGCAGGAGCGGAGGAACGAGCUAAUUAACGAAUCGAAGAUCGACUGGUUCGAGACUCGAGAAUGCAAUCUAUCUCAGCCCAUUGGUACACGUUGAUCGAUCGCGGUGGAGAAGCCUGAUCCAGCAUCGAUCGACGAUCAUUGCGUUUUAAUCAUUUUUAAACACUGUUAGUUUUAUCGUGAGCGACGCGAACAUUACAUGUAUAGAUAGUUAGAUAAAUAGAUAGGGAAUUUUGUGUUUGCGAGUGAAAAUCGGCUGGAGAGACCGUGUCGAGAGUAAGAUAGAUCCACGAUGAGAAAUUCACUUGGAUCGUGAGAAGAGGAUGACGACGCGGUCACGUGGUGCUCUCUUGGAUCGCGAUCGUCCGCGCAUGCGUGUUCCGUGGCCGACGAAAACUCACUCGAAAAACCUGUACAUAUUAUUUUGCGAUGAAAUGAAUCUAUUGUUUUCGCGUUUCCUGUCUAAUAGUGGAAACGGAUUGCCUCGUACGUUCGGCAAGCAGGAUAUUAAGAAACUGUAUUUGCGACUUGAAAGCAGAAAAAAGAAAAAAAAAAAAGAGAGAGAGAAGGAAACGAACGAUCCCUUUUUCUUUUUCACUUUUUUCAGCUGUUUGCGUUAUCGAGCUGUUCGAAAAAUUCGUAGCAGCCUUUAUUGUGAAUUUCUGUCAUUUUAUCUAUGGUUAAUUGAUACUCUUGCCUUAUAAAUCUACGUUCGUGAAAUAUUAUUGAUCAUGUAAGGUAGAAUCGUUACUUCAAAUUUACAUCUCAAAUCGAUAAAUUGAAUCAAAGUUCACAAUAUUUUGGUGAUUUUCAUAUUAAUCAGUUUUUUUUUUUUUUUUUUUUAGUUGUAACUAAAGUGUUCACUUUUACUUCCCUCGUUCACCGAAUAUAAUUUCAUUAUUUUUUUUUUUUUUUUUUCGUGGUCCUAUUAUCAAGACUUACUUGGGAGACACGAACAAAUGAAAUGAAUUUCUAAGAACUAUUUGAAGGAAUGCAUUACUGUGAAGGGGAUGACAAAUUUUUCGUCAACAUAGAGAAGUAAUUAAAUCUUCUUUCAAUCUAACGUUGUGAAUUUUCCGAGCAGCCUAGAUGAUAGCAAAUACUUUCCAUUGUGAACAACAAACAUGCGAUAUAUAUCGUGAUUUUUUUUUUUUUUUUUAAGUAUUGGGAGGCGUUAUUAUUCCCAAAUUAAAGGGAAUCGUACGUAUCGUAUGCAUCUUAUUUAACUAACUUAUCCUCUUAUUUAUUUAUAUGUCGUUCGUCCUUAUGAAGCGUCACAAUUCGCGCGUUUUUUCCCCCUCGUUUCACCGCGUCGAGGAAAAAUCACGCUUCUGUUUUACUAUUGCGCGAAAUGAACGUCAUCGAUGGAUUGCAGAUAUUUAUGCAAAUUCAUUUCAUCAGAAUGAUUAAAGAAACAGUGUCUAACAACAUAAGUAGAGAUUCGUUUCGUUCUGCCAAGUGCGAUGAAGGUAAAAGCAAUCCGAAUACGUCUGCCUCGUACUUUUCGACAUCUUAUACACCGUUUCCUAUUACGCGCGUUAUGCAAAUUUCUUGCACUUUAAUGCUUGCAUAAAUGCAUGAACAUCCGCAAUCUAGUUGUCAACGACGGUCAGUUCUCGCGACAACGAAUUGAACGAGAGUCCUGAUACACACUGUGUAUAUGUACGAUACUUUGAUCAUUGUGAUACUUGGAAAUAAGUAAUUACCGACGUGCCGUUAUGUA